AUGUUAACAGCACCCACUCUUAUCUUCCUCUCUACCCUCUGCCCCUCCUUCUCUUGGUGGAAGGCCUGCACAAACUUGGAUGAAAGAACUGGACGAACCCACAUGAUUGAUUUCAGUAUCUUUGUAGUGGUGACUCCUUGCUCUGUAUAUACCUGUCAUGGCUCAUGUAAUCAACUCGAUCAAGAUUCUUUAUCAUCAUUCAACCUGAGUAUUAGUACUUCAUCUCCUCUGAAUUGGUCUCUUUCGGUUGAUUGCUGCAGCUGGGAAGGAGUUGGAUGUGAUGAGAGUGACAGGGUGAACAGUCUAUUGCAACCGUCGAAAGGGCUAGUUGGAACCAUAUCUCCCUCUAUUGUAAACCUCAGUCAUCUAUCUCAACUCAAUCUGUCACGGAAUUGGCUCUCUGGACCUAUCCCGGAUGCAUUUUUUACGGCCUUGAACCGCCUUGUGAUAAUUGAUUUGAGCCAUAAUCGUCUCACUGGGCAGUUAUCAGAUUCUGAUAAGCUAAUGAGUACUGCCACAACAGUGGAUUUAUCCCGCAACCGCUUUUAUGGGACAACCCAAUCUUCAUCUUUCCAGCCAGCAUUAAAUUUGCAAAGAUUUAAUGUCAGCAACAACAGCUUCUCUGGUUCAAUCCCUUCAUCUGUCUGCAGAUUUUCUCCUUUAAUCAAGGAUCUUGAUUUCUCCAAUAAUGACUUUGUAGGCUCGAUUUCACAAGGUUUUGGCCUGUGUUCCAAUCUGUUGAGACUACGAGCAGGUUUCAAUAACCUUUCGGGAGCAAUUCCAAGUGAUAUUUACACAGUUUCAGCGCUGCAAGAACUCUACUUGCCUGCCAAUAAGCUCUCUGGAGUGAUAGAUGAGAGCAUUAUUAACCUCAUUAACCUUAGAACCCUUGCUCUCUUUGGUAAUGAAUUGACAGGAAAGAUUCCUCGAGGAGAUGAAAACUUGAUAAGAGCUGGCGAGUUCCAAAAUCUUCCAAGUCCUGGGUUUGGGUGGCUGUGGAUUCACGGGUCAAAUUCCAAGCUCUCCAACCUGCCACCAGCAAUAUACCUCAGGAGUAACAGUAUCAGUGGUACCGUCCCAAAUGAGAUUGGCCAAUUGAAGUUUAUUGUUGCCCUUGAUCUCAGAGACAACAAUUUCUCUGGCAGCAUUCCAGACACAAUAUCUAACCUCACUAACUUGGAAAAACUGGACCUCUUUAGCAACCAUCUUUCUGGUCAAAUUCCUGCAUUGCUCAAAAAUCUUCACUUUCUGUCUUUUUUCAGUGAUGCAUACAACAAUCUUGAUGGUCCUGUACCUGUAGGAGGUCAGUUUGACACAUUUCCCAAUUCAAGCUUUGAAGGAAAUCCAGGUUUGUGUGGUAAAAGUUUGCCACGCUCUUGCACUGGUCAAUCGGAAACUACCCGUCAGUCACCACAAAGGAAAGGAACAAAUAGAAAAAUCAUUGUACUCACCCUCAUGGUUUUUUCUGGCAUUUUCACUUUUGCCAUGCUGAUAUAUUGGGUAUUUUCAAAGAGGAGGAUCCGACCAAAUAGUCAACCCGAGAAAACUGAUAUGGAUAUGGUAUCCUUCAAUUCUUCUGGAGUAUUUAAUGAAGUUGCUAAUGACACCAGCCUUGUCAUAUUGUUUCCCAACAAUACAAACAAACCAAUGGAGCUAACAAUCUCAGAAAUCUUGAAGGCCACAGACAGUUUCAACCAGUCGAACAUAAUUGGGUGUGGAGGCUUUGGCUUGGUAUAUAAAGUGACUUUAGUAGAUAAUACCAAGCUGGCGGUUAAGAAACUCUCAGGAGAUAUUGGCCUGAUGGAAAGGGAAUUCAAAGCCGAGGUUGAAGCUUUAUCCACUGCCCAAUGCGAGAAUCUAGUUACUCUACAGGGUUACAGUGUUCAUGAUGGCUAUAGAUUGCUAAUAUAUUCCUACAUGGAGAAUGGGAGCCUGGAUUACUGGUUGCAUGAGAAACCUGAUGGAGCAUCCCAAUUCAGUUGGCCAACGCGACUGAAGAUUGCUCAAGGGACAAGUCAUGGAGUGGCUUAUAUGCACCAGAUUUGCGAGCCACGUAUUGUGCAUCGUGACCUAAAAUCCAGUAACAUACUUCUGGAUGAUAACUUUGAAGCACAUGUGGCAGAUUUUGGGUUGGCAAGGCUGAUUCUUCCUUAUCACACUCACGUAACCACCGAAUUAGUUGGUACCAUUGGUUACAUUCCCCCAGAAUACAGUCAAUCGUGGAUAGCCACAUUGAGAGGGGAUGUCUACAGUUUUGGAGUUGUUAUGCUUGAACUAUUAACUGGAAAGAGGCCCGUGGAACUAUUGAAGGCAAAGAUGGCAAUAGAAUUGGUUCCAUGGGUACAGCAAAUGAGGAAUGAAGGAAACCAAGAGGAGAUCUUUGAUCCACUCCUGAGAGGCAGAGGCUUUGAAGAAGAGAUGCUACAAGUGCUUGAUGUGGCCUGCACGUGCGUCAACCAGAACCCUAUCAAGAGGCCGACUAUACAAGAAGUUGUUGAUUGGCUCAAGGAUGUAGGAUGCAACCGUCUGGCAGCAGCACAAGGGAACCACGCUACAUAA